AUGGAGCACCAGGGCGAGAUCACGAGCUUGGCCUGGUCUCCAGAUGGCCUGGUGAUCGUGGCAGCUUCGCGGGAUGGGACUAUCCGCCUCUGGGAUGCCAACGGCGGGUUUCAGGUGGGGUCGGUGCUGAGCGGUCACUACGGGGAGGUGUGGAGUGUGGCGUUCAACCCUAAAGACUCCAACGUGCUUGUCAGCUGCGGAAAGGACAUGUCUGUCCGCAUCUGGGACAUCAGCCGGGCCUGCUGCCUGGGGAACCUGCGCAACAGGCACACGCGCAAGGUGAACAGCGUGACCUUCAGCGUGGACGGGAAGGUUGUGGCCACGGGAUCCGACGACUCAAGCAUCUGCUUGUGGAGCGCAGACACUGGGCUCUUGAUGGGAGAGCCGCUGACUGGGCACGAGGAGGAGGUGACCUCUUCAGGGUGGCCCGGGUCGCUCGUGUGGUCGCCUACAGCCUCACUGCUGGCGUCCGGCUCCGACAACAACGACAUCAAGAUCUGGACGGUGGAAGGAGAAGUGAAGGCGAACCUGAAGGGCCACCGCAUGGCCGUCACCUCCGUCGCCUUCAACCCCCUCGACGAGAACAUCCUCGCGAGCUCCAGUGUGGACAAGACCCUCCGCCUGUGGGACAUCGCCUCUGCCUCGCAGGUCGGGGAAGCCAUGGAGGGGCAUGAGGGCUGGGUGCUUGCGCUUGCCUUCCGCCCCAGUGAUGCUGCGACCCUUGUGAGCGGAGGAUCAGACAAGGCGUUGAGGGUGUGGAAUGUAGCGGAUCGCAAGGAGGUAGGGAAGCUUGAGGGACACAAAGAUCGAGUCAUCAGCAUCGUCUUCAGCCCGACAGACCCGAACAUAGCAGCCAGUUCUAGUGCAGACAGGACGAUAAGGCUGUGGAACACGAGCACGAUGGAGGCGGUGGGGAAGCCGCUGGAAGGGCACAAGGCGUUCAUCAAUGACGUACAGUUCGCACUGGAUGGGGAGACGAUCGUGGCAAGCAGCCGAGACCAUGCCAUCUUGCGAUGGAGUUGUAAGACAGGGGAACUGGUGAACUGCCUGCUCAGAGGCUCGAUCGUUCAGGUUGUGAAGACGGUGACAUCGACGUCCAAGAUAAUAACUUGUAGAUCGAAUGUGAUGUAUGUAUAUGACAUGUUGGACGCGGAGGCCGGGCGAUGCAGGGCGUGCUUCAAGGCUUCGUCGAACAUCGUGGCCAUCGACGUCUCUCCUCCUUUCAUCUGCCUCGGAGGCGCUCAGGGAGAGGUCUACCAAUUGAGGUGUGACUACCUUGUAAGGUGA